AGCUGCCGACAUAAAGAAGCACCGCAAAGCAUUCUUCUCCUUCAUUGCGUGUAGGAAGGGCAGGAAACAUGGCGUCAGCUUCCACGAAAAAUCAAGAGAUUAUUGUAGAUGGGACAUCAAGUGUGAGGACACUAGUACUGAACAGGCCACAGCAAUUAAAUGCCCUCUCAUAUCAAAUGAUUUCUAACUUACUGGAAAAGUUCGUAUCAUACGAGGAUGAUCCUAGUGUCAAGCUAGUGAUUUUGAAGGGACAAGGCCGAGCAUUUUGUUCUGGGGGCGAUCUUUUGUCCGUGGCUCAAAUAGGGACUACAGAAGGUCGUUGGGAUGUGUGUUCAAAAUAUUUUAGGGUAGAAUACACCUUAAACUAUAUUAUGGCAACAAACGAGACCCCCCAGGUUUCCAUUCUGAAUGGGAUCAUCAUGGGAGGUGGUACUGGAAUUUCUAUCCAUGGGAGGUUUCGAAUCGCCACUGAGAAAACUUACUUUGCGAUGCCGGAGACAACACGAGGAAUUUUUCCGGUUGUGGGUGCAUCUUACUUUUUAUCCAAGCUCCCAGGUUUCUUUGGUGAAUAUAUUGGCCUUACUGGACCAAGAUUGGAUGGUGCCGAGAUGCUUGCAUGUGGCCUUGCUACUCAUUUUGUGCCUUCCAAGGCAUUGCCUUCGCUUGAAAAGGAAUUAUCUAAGGUGGAUACCUUAGAUCCCUCUGUGAUUUGUGCUAUGAUAGAUUGGUUUGCGCAGAAAGUGCCAUUGAUGGAUAAUAGUGCUUAUCAUAGAUUGGAUGUAAUCAAUAGGUGCUUCUCCCGAAGAACGAUCGAGGAAAUUCUUUCUGCUCUUGAAAACGAAGCUGAGCAUGGAGCAGAUGCAUGGCUUUCUAAAGCAAUUAAGUCAUUGAAUAGUGCAUCUCCAAUAAGCCUUAAGAUUUGUCUCAGAUCGAUCAGAGAAGGUAGGGUGCAAGGUCUUGAUAAAUGCCUCAUCAGAGAGUAUAGAAUGUCAUGUCACGCCUUGCUUGAAAAAUUUAGUCAGGAUUUUUAUGAGGUUGCGGAUAAUGACAAUCUGGGCAUUCAGUGGCCCAGCGUUUUCCCUAAGCGGCUCUUCUUGGCCUUGGCGGGUGCCAGGGCAAUCAUGUUGGACAAGGAUAAAAGCCCAAAGUGGAAGCCAUCUAAAUUGGAGCUAGUGAGUGAGGAGAUGGUGGAUCACUACUUCUCCAAGGUGGAUAAAGAAGGAUGGAGAGAUUUGGAAUUAUCUCCAAGGAAGAAUUCAAUAUACAACUUGGCUAAAACUAGACUUUGAAGACCUUGGGAUGAUGGCACCACCUUAUGCAACCAUUAGUUGCAUGGUUUACUUAAACAAAAGUAGGUGGAAGAGCUCCUACGUAGCCUGCUCCUUACACCCUUCCCCCAUCUUAGGCCAUGCUUUGGAGGGUUUCAACUGAAAUUGGAGAGGGGUAAUGCUAGAUCUCUUGUUAUUAGAGUAAAACUUUUUUUUCUUAAAAAUACAAACAAGUAUAUUUGUGGAGCAUCAUCAUGCUGUAGUGAUUACCUUUAUUUUAGCCAGAUUUUAUAUUUAUAAAUUUGUUGUUUUAUCAGGAA